GUGUGCUUUAUUAUUUUAGUUUUAGCUGGUUUUGCAAAUAUACGGGCCAUAAACGAGUAUUACGACGCUGAAUGAGUUGAAAAUUGUAUUCAAUAAAAAAUGGGUACUAAACGAAAAGCUAACGACGAGAUUUUGGAAAUUCAUAGUGAUGAUGAUGAUGACACUGAUAGCGACGUUCAGAUCCAAGAGAAAACUAUUCCUGUUGUAACGGUAGACGACGACGACGAGUCGCCGGUCUUGGUUCCGGAGCAACCAAGUGAACCGGUCAAUAAUCAGUCUAAUGAUUCAGCUGCCACAACUUCUUCCGCAGCAUUGACCUCAAAUCCAUUACUGACACCACCCGCCCCGGUUAUUUCUCAACCUAUGGAAGAGAAUGCGAACCCGGAAUCGGAGGUUAUCGAUAACGCUCAGGCGGUGAAGGAGAACGUGCUGUUAAGCAUGCAAUUUCGGGAUAAAGAAUUGUUUCACCUUUUUAAAGGGUCCCUUUCAGAAUAUCUGAAAACCACUUUUCAGUUAAAACUGUCCGGAAAUGAGGUGGAUGUUCUCCAAGAUCUCGAAACCGCAUCUCUUCGGGUCUGUAUGAAGCAAACAGACGGAAAAGUGGAGCAGCAAUGUGAAACUUCAACGCAGCAGAAAUCAGCCACUGUUGCUAUUCCAGACGAUUCAACCGACAAAGCCGAUGGCAUAUUUGUGUUCGAUUCCACUCCGGCUAAGAACGCCAAAGGUGGUCCUAUCAUUCCAAGCUACAAAAAGGCGUUGCAACGGGUGCUGGACAAUUCCCCUUCGGCAGUGCGGGACAGUGCCACCAAAAAGCCAAAACCGAAGCAGCUCUGCUGGAACUGCGAAGGCGAUCACGGUCUAAGGGAUUGCAAGGAACCGCGAAAUUUUGCCCGGAUAAGCAAAAUGAAGCAGGAGUUUAUGAAACGAACGGAUCGGUAUCAUGUAGACCUGGAGCAAAAGUAUGGCCAUAUCGUUCCGGGUAGAAUGUCCACACAGCUGCGACAGGCGCUCGGUUUAAGAAAACAUGAUCUCCCGAUGCAUACCUACAAAAUGCGAAUAUUCGGUUAUCCUCCGGGAUGGCUUGAGGAUGCCAAAAUUACUCAUUCCGGAUUGCAGUUGUUCGAUAACAAUGGUAAUCCGGUGCUAGAUUCGGAUGAAAGUGAGGGUGAGGUAGACGUGGUCAAGAUGAAAUAUGACGUACGUAAAAUUAUCAGCUUCCCUGGGUUUAACAUGCCCGCGGGCAAAGAGUUCCACGACGACAGUAAAUACUUGGGUGUUCCCCCGUUGCUGGAGUUUCAGAGUCGGGAUGAGAUGAUCCGGAAUCUUGAGGGAACGCUAGUUCAGGGCUAUCGUAGAAAAAAACUACGCAUGACGAUAUCCGGCCAAGAUGCGAACGCUGAGUCAACCGAUAUGGACCUGGACAACGCAGACCAGAACAUGGAUGACGGUUUUACAAUCCUAGAUUCCGUUGGUCAGUGUGACCGAAUCGAAGACCAGGAAGUUAGUUUUGGUAGCUCGUUACCGUCGAUUAAUGGGCAGCCUGUCAGAAAGGUAGCUGAAGAUCCAGAAGAGGGUGAGGUGAAUGAUGAUGAAGACAUUUCCGGUUCGAAAAUGUGCAAAGAGGAGGUAGCGGGAUUAGAAAAAACUUCUAACGACGGCGAAGAGAAAGAAAGCGGUGCGGACGAUAGCGUGAUAUUAGUGGAGGAAGAAACGGAUGUCAUCUGUUUGGAUGACACUCGUGCGGAGUCGCCCUCUCUAGAUGAGCUCAGAAGAAGACAACUUGUGCUUCUGAAACUGCUAGAGAAUCAGUCCCCUAGCGUACAAAACACUGCCGACCUAACGCAAGAGGAUUCACUUAUGGAUGACGUACUGAUGGCCGAACAGUUAGCCGAGGAGGAGGAUCGACAGAAAGCGAAAAAAUCUCUUUCCCCUCCUCCUCAACCGACGAUAUCCGAACAAAACGCCAUCGUAUCCAACCCGAUCGUACCUGCAGUUGUCCAUCCAGUUUUGUACCCAUUUCCGGUAUCGGUAAUACCCCCUCCACUACCGAUGGUUCCACCUCCACCUCCCUCGUCCGAGCAAACUGUCUCAGAGCGUCCUCCAGAGCCGGAAUUCCUCAACUUGGAUGAGAUAAAAAUGUCGAAGACACCGUUUAUUGACGAUCCCGGUUCAACCGGGUUGAAAAAGAUGUCCCUUGGAACACCUAUCCUCACCGCUUUCUCUCCGUUUGACAAACUGCCCUGCGGAGAUGCUUUCUCCAAGGGCGUCAGCGAUGUAAUUAACUUUGAAAAUUUACCUAAUUCUACUGGCAAGUACGAACGGAUGAAAUCACUGCUGACUAAAGUGCGAACCGUUAUUAGUGUGCACAACGGCGAAGCAGAAGACGAAUCCAGAUAGCCCAAACAGAUUGACGCGGACCACGAUUGUGGCAGUUCUAAUUGAGACAAAAAGCAAGUUGAAUGAAUGUGUUUGCUCUCAUAAAUUGUUUUAUAGCGUGAUUGAGAAUGCAAUUGUGAAAUAAAAACAUUUUUUCAGGUGAAGCUGCUCAAGUGUAUUUGCGCAUAACAAAUAGUAAAGAGUAAGUGAAUGUAGUUUAAGAAUUUGAGGAUAUAAAUCUAUAUUUUAUGCUUAAGGCGGUAAACACUUGUAAACUAAAACGUCCGAAUGGCAUGAAUGCAUUUUGAAUCUAGAUGGAAAC